AUGUGUAAGCGCUGUAGACAGAUUCUUAAGCAUCCAAACUUUGUCCGAGAGACUAAGGAGGGAAGAAAAUCGCGCCUCGCAGGGUCAGAAAUCGGAUAUUACUCGGUUUUUGUAAAAGAAUGUGCCGGACGUCGAAGAAUUCUCUUAGGAAGGCUAGGAGCAGGGCCUUCUUACCUUUAUUGCGGAUGCACGGCUUCCCUUUUAGCUACGCCUUCGUUAAUAGGAUCACAGUCCCGCCUUGCCUCUAUGUUAAAGCCUAACCGUCCACAUCUAGCAGUUUCGGGUGAUGAGAUUACACAGUACUUAGAUAGUGAGGAAGAUACUAGUCACGAAGAAGGGCAGGAUAUAGAGGAUCUAGAUAACCUCUCCUACGUCGACGAUAUAUUUGAUCCUAACCUUGAUCUAAAUAUUGAUCCUAGUCUCUUUAACAGCCAACAGACUUCUAUAUUAGUGAUAGAGUCUGAGUUCACUCAACCGGCCCUUCUUAAUUGCUCCCUUAAACGUAUCGGCCCCGAUCGGAGAAAGCAGUUUAUCCUCUACGACGCGAUGAAUAACACGUCUAAAGCAAAGUUUAUUGAGUGGUGGCGCACAACAGUACGCGGUAGCGAUACUAAGACACAACAAAGGCUACGAUAG